AUAGAAAAUGAAGAUUGGUUGCAUUCCAUGUCUUAACAACCUGCCUCUAACAUGGACAACUGAGGCUUUGUCUCCCUAACAAAGUUCAAUUUUCAAGUCAACAAAUCAAAUGGGAAUAGAUAAACAGCUUAAUACAUUGCAACUAAUAAUUUCUACACAUCUCUCAUAAUGGGACUGUAUGAUUGAUUACUCUGCAAUGCUAACCACACCAUCUUCCUCAUCAAAUAAUUAAUAAACACACACACACUAUUAAAUUCCUGUCUCUCUCUCUCUCUCUACACCCAUAUAUAUAUAAACAUGAGUUGCUGGUGUUGCUGAGCAAUUACAGCACUUUGACAAAUAACAGAAACAGAGAGAUAUGGCACAAGAAAAGGUCAUUUCUGAGAGAGUGAAGCUUCUGAUUUCAUUGUUUGUUCUGCAGUUCUGCUUUGCAGGAUUUCACAUUGUGUCCAGAGUUGCACUCAACAUUGGUGUUAGCAAAGUUGUCUACCCUGUCUACAGAAAUAUCAUUGCAUUGCUGUUGUUGGGACCCUUUGCCUACUUCGUAGAAAAGAAAGAAAGACCACCGCUCACAUUCUCUUUAUUGGCCCAGUUUUUCCUUCUAGCACUAGUGGGGAUCACUGCAAACCAGGGCUUUUACAUCUUAGGUUUGUACUAUGCAUCUCCAACCUUUGCAUCAGCAAUGCAAAACUCAGUGCCCGCAAUUACUUUUGUCAUGGCAUCCGUUCUAGGGCUCGAGCAAGUUAAUAUCAUGAGGAGAGAUGGACUGGCAAAAGUUCUUGGGACUUUAGCAAGUGUAGGUGGUGCUACAAUUAUCACUUUGUAUAAAGGACCUCCCAUUUUGCACCAAGCAUCAACACUGGAAGUAGCUAAUACAUAUGGUGAGAGUGCCAUUAUCUCUUCAACCAAAGUGCAGAACUGGACAUGGGGCUGUAUAUUUCUUAUUGGUCACUGCUUAUCAUGGGCUGGAUGGAUGGUCCUUCAGGCCCCCAUAGUGAAGAAGUACCCAGCCAAGCUCUCACUGACAUCCUUCACAUUCUUCUUUGGGUUAAUCCAGUUCCUAUCUAUAGCAGCUUUUGUAGAAAAAGAUCCAAAGCGUUGGCAAAUCCAGUCUGGGGAAGAGAUUUUUACAAUCUUAUAUGCUGGAAUAAUAUCUUCAGGUCUAGUAAUAUCUCUACAGACCUGGUGCAUUCAGAAAGGAGGCCCAGUUUUCGUUGCCAGCUUCCAGCCAGUUCAAACAGUAUUAGUUGCUGGCAUGGCAUUCAUAAUUCUUGGUGAUCAGUUAUACUUUGGAGGAGUCAUUGGAGCUGUCCUAAUUGUGAUUGGCCUUUACCUAGUCUUAUGGGGUAAAACAACAGAGACAAGGUAUCAAAGCCAAGAUACUGAAGAGACAUUGACAAAACAUCUAUUACAGGGUGACAACAACGAUCAAGAUUGCCCUGAUGGAGUUGAUAUUCCAUAAUGUUCUAUCUGUCCUUGUUCAGGGUCUCCACAUGCUUACAGGCCCAAAGACCAUAGGACAAUUUCCUAUAGAAUGUCCAACAGGGCCUCAAAAAGGUUAGCAUGUUAACAUGUAAAUCUUCACUGGAUUUGUUUAAAAUUUCUUGAAUUUUCAACUUAGAGAGGAGCGCACUUACUUUGGCCUGUAGAGCAACAAAGGGAAGACAAAAUCAAAGAAGAAAGCAAUUUGCCAAAGCAGCUCUCAAGUUGUACAUUGCUAUUCAACACCUUUCAUAUUAAAUAGCACAUAGCUAUUCUGUAAAUUUUACAGAUAUGGAUUAGCAAGUUCCACUAUGCAACUUUUCAUAAUGGACUGUUUGAUUGAAUAAACAAUAAAAUCAUCUCCACCAAACACUUCAAGGAGAUAUUUAUUAGCUCUUCCUAUAAUUUGUGAGACUGUAUGCAUAAUCUCUUUGAUGUCGGCAUUAGUUCGCAAUAUAACAUCAGUAAAGAAUAAAAUUCAGUAGGUUGGAUCAGGCAUACCUGGUUCCUAGGUCAAUGGGACAAGCAAUUGGGUCAGACAGGGAACCAACAGCCCUAAUUCGGGCCUGAUUGGCUAUGGGUUGGACAGGGAAAACCCUACACACGUGGGCCUAAAACAGCACUAAUUUGUUUGGAGGAAGCAAAAAUGUUACAGGAGGAACAUAUGAAUAUAACUUCCAUAAUUAACACAAUUAAACAAAAGAAGCACAAAACUGGCAAGAUAAUAAGAACAGUAGGAAGGGCUUUAAAAUCAUCAAAAUCUACCCGUUCCACAAAGCCCCACUUGCAUAUUUCACCAAAGACUUCUUAUCCCUAAAUAUGCUAUAUGCAAUAAAGUCACAACAGAUCAUGACACCCACCAUUGAUUAACAAAAUAAAAGUCUAGUUGAAAAUAUCCCAAAAGCUGCUAAUUGAGUAAAAAGCACACAAGAAAAACGGGGCAACACGAUAACAAACAGUUUCCUCAGGACCCAAUAUUUUAAUGCUUCAUACUACUCUACCUCACAGUAACAAUGUCGUCAAUCUUCAAGAUCAUGCGAACACACUCCGUAGCCAAGGAAAUUGCACUUGUGCUCACCAGCAAGGGCUGCACGACAU